AUGUUGCCUGAGCAUUCUCAACAGUUACUGCGAGCAGCACGAUCUGGGAAGUUAUAUAAGCCACCCGCACCUCCAGAAGACGACAACGAGAUGAAAGAUGAAGAAGAAGAGACCAAAGAAAUUCGUACCGGAUUCACUAUCAAGAAGUACGUCAAAGUUGCACGACAUCUAGAAGUCCCGGAACCAGAAUAUCUCGCAAAGAGAAGGAAGGGUCUACCGUCACCCUACGUCAAUGGUCAAGUCGCACAACCUGCAUUGCGAGAAACCAAAGUAAAGAAGCUCGAUGCCGAUGGCAAUGUGGCUGUUUACAAAGUGCUUGUCCCAGAAGGUCAGGCUGUAGAAGGCGAAGUUCAACCCACAGACGCCGCGAUUGAAGUUGCACCAGCUACCGCGGCACCAGGCACCAUUGUCGAAGGAGUCGGUGUGGUGAACGCGGAGGGCGUGGUCGUCGCUAACGACAUUCUACAACAAACGCCACCUAGGCGAAGGCCACCACCUCCUAAGAAGAAGGUGAAGCGUGGAGGUCCGGGCAGAGGCAAGAAGAAGGUCGUCUUCGCCGAGGGCGGAGCAGAGCAAGGAACGCCAGUAUCACUUGCUGGUGGUGACUUGCUGGGUGUACCAGGCGCCAAACAAGAGGAUGGAUCAGUAGCACCUUCAGAUGGAGGAGAUACACCAAUGGCAGACGCCGGCGGCGAGGAAGAAGAGGCUUCUGGCGAGGAGGGUUCAGAAGACGAGGACCAAGACAUGGAACAUACCUCUAACCCAGCGACUCCUCAGGCAUCUUCUGUGGCUCCUACCAGCGCUCUAGCGAACGAGAUAUCCAGUUUCACAGAGCCUACUCCAGCAGAAAGCGCCGAGCUAGCUACUGAAGCACCACCGACUUCCAACGAGCCUUCCCAAGAUACCGCAACAAUCGAAAGGACCACACUCGAACCCGUCCCGGCCGACACGACCGACACGAUUAUGCAAACGCCGAAGCGUGACCCUUCAAGUUCACCUGAUCUACCGCUCUCUGCCGUCUCCCAUAGUCGCCAGAACUCUAUGAACCAGAUCUCGACUUCUGAUACCACCACAGAAGCCUUCAUUCCUGGAGAUGCUCAGAAUGAAGUCCUAGCUCCAACCGUGGAAGAGAGCACGGCACCAGCGCCGGUGGUGGCAUCUGAGCCUCAGCCCGAACCCGAACCAGAAUCUGUUCCUGCACCAGUACCCGAAGCUGAGCCCAAAGCUGAGCCCGAAGCUGAGCCUGAGCCUGUGCAACAAACAUCAGUCGCUCCUUCCGCGCCACGUUCCGAGUCAGACCCUAUGGGGAGUCUUGAGCGACAGUUGGAGAAAGACAACGAGGAUAUGAGCGGGUCAUAG